UAUUUUUAUUGACAUUUCACAAAUUUGUGUAUACAUAACUCUUAAAUAGGUUAUCAUUGAUAUUUUGUGAAAAUGUUUCGUUCGCAUCUCAGAUGGUUUACGAUUUUGCAAUGCAGUCCACAAGGAACAUUAAGGACAUUUUGUUCGCAAAAAACUACAUCCAAGCCUAAAAAGAAAUCCGGCAAUCAAGUCAAAUUAAUUGGAAGAGUCAGAAACGAAGUGUUAUCAUUACCAAAUGGAUUUGAUUCUUUUCAUGUUCGAACAGCCACACAUGGACUUGGUAAAUUGAUUGGGGUGACACAUAAUAUUAAGACCAGCGCUGAAUUAAUUGAAACACCAUUGCCUGCGUUGGCGAACAAUGACUUAGUUUACGUACAUGGUGAAAUUGUUUAUCAAAAUGUUGCCAAUGGAAAGAAAUUUAUAUCGUUGCCGCACAUUUUUGCAACGAAAGUUAUUCGAAUGAAAAAUAAUCACAACAGUGCUGAUGAUCUGGAACAGUUGGUUAAAGAAUCAGUGAAUGAAGUCAAGCUAUUAGGAAUGAUCGGCAGUAAUAUUUAUGACGGCAACGCCACAGCAUUUCACAUUGUUACAAAUUCUGAAAAAACUGAACAAUUGAAUAAAAACUUUAGCAAUGAAUGGCAUCGAGUGUUAAUAUUUGAUGAUAAACUACGUGAAUUUGUAAGAAAUAAUCUCAAAAUAACCGACCGUCUUCUCAUCAACGGCGAAAUAUUUUACAAUAAGGUGAAUUUAGAAAAUGGCGAUCUUUCUCUUCAAGGCAAUAUUUUGCCAAACCGAAUUCAAAAAUUACAAUAUUUUUCAAGAAGCGACGAAAUAAAACCACAAAAUACAGAAGAAACUGAGGCAACCGCACAGCAAUAAAUUUGAUUUAAAUCUUAACAAAUCUAUAGUGUGUACAAUUGUAUUGUAAUUGGAAAUUUGAUGGAUUAAAAAUUCAGACGAUUUUUCAUAGUUUAACAGUAUACCAAAUAAAUGAACAGUAAAAAAUAA